GACGAUCAGAAGGAAAUCGAGCAGCACGAAGCGCCUUUCUCCCGCCCCCAGCACCCAAACUUCCUACUACAGCGAGUCCAUGAUGAGUGAGUCCUACCUGGGGGGCAGCCGGGGCCUUGCUGCCCUGGGCAGGGCCGUGCUAGACGAUGACCUGGACAGCAGCACAUAUUGGGGUGGGGAGCUCUCCACCAGGAGGAGAAGAGGCACAGGGGACACUGAGUCCAGUAAGGUCAAUGGGCUGCUGGAGAGCAAGACGUACGACACUUACGCAUCUUCGUCUGGGUACUCCUCGGAAGAUGACUACGCCGGUCACUUUUACUCAGGCCAGAGUAGCUCUGGGUCGGGGCUGAGGACCGCAGCCUCCCGGGUGGGCUCCUUCCUCUGGCAGGUGCUCACCUUCCCAGUUCGGUUCGUGGGGUGGCUGUUCUCGGGGCUGGCAGCUGCCUGGCACCGCCUCACCGGCAUGGCUCCCCACCCGAGCAGCGUCCCCUUCUCCAGGCGCUACCCUUGGCUGAAGAGGUCCCUGCUUCUGCUGUUGCUCCUCCUGCUCCUCGCUGCUGCCGCCUAUGGAGCUUGGUACUUCUACCCAUACGGGCUGUCGACACUCAGCCUCCCUGCCUUCCCGUGGUGGGGAGCUGGAAAGCUUUCCUCCUCCGAUGUGCCUGGGGCAGGGGACUUGACCGCACUGGACCAGCGGGAUGCGGGGCUGAAGGAGCAUCUCCAUACUGACAUGACCAUCCACCUCCAGGGUGAGCUGGAUGCCCUCCGAGCCCAGGUGCAGAGGGAUUUAGAUGGGCGCCUGGGGAAGAUGGCACAAGCCUCUCAGGUUUUGUUGCCUUUCUCUUGGCACAGCUCGGCGCAGGAUAGCCUGCGAGGGAGCUUCCAGCAGGAGGUGAGCAAGCUGGAGCAGGAGGUGGCAGCGCUGAGGAGGGAGCUGGCAGGCCUCAAGUCUGACCAGGAGGUGAUGGGGAAGCACGUGGAGGGGAUGCUGGAGCAGCUGAAGGCGGUGCGGGCUGACCUGGAAGCGCAGUUCCCGGCGUGGGUCAGUCAGUUCCUGUCGCAGUCCCGGCGGGAUGGUGCUGCUGGCCUCAUCCUCCAGCGGGAAGACUUGCAAGCCGAGCUCCAGGCUCUGGAGCGCAAGAUCCUCGCCAAAGUCUUGGAGGACCGGAGGCUGUCGGCACGGGAUGCUCAGGCUGGUAUCGGAGUGGCCCUGCGACAAGGGGGGACUGCAGGAGUGACAGAGGAGCAAGUGCAUCUCAUCGUGGGCCAGGCCCUGAAGCGCUACAGCGAGGACCGUGUGGGGAUGGUUGACUACGCUCUGGAGUCAGCAGGGGCCAGCGUCAUCAACACCCGCUGCUCGGAGACCUACGAGACACGGACGGCUCUGCUGAGCUUGUUCGGCAUCCCCCUGUGGUACCACUCGCAGUCCCCACGUGUCAUCCUGCAGCCAGACGUCAACCCUGGGAACUGCUGGGCGUUUCGUGGGUCCCAGGGCUUUGCUGUCAUCCGCCUCUCUGGCAUUAUCCGCCCCACGGCCGUGACGCUGGAGCACAUCCCGAAAGCUCUCUCGCCCCAGGGGACCAUCCCCAGUGCCCCCAAGGACUUCGCUGUCUAUGGCUUGAAGGAGGAGGGAGAGGAGGAGGGUCUUCUCCUUGGUCAGUUCACCUACAACCAUGAUGGCGACCCCAUCCAAACAUUUUACUUGGAGGGUGAUGCUGUGGGCACGUACCAGCUGGUGGAGCUCCGGGUGCUGAGCAAUUGGGGCCACCCCGAAUACACCUGCAUCUACCGCUUCCGUGUGCACGGGGAGCCGGCGCACUGA